AUGCCUGAGGAAACGCGCAUGGAUGACUCCGGCGAGGUGGAGACCUUCGCCUUCCAGGCGGAGAUCGCCCAGUUGAUGAGCCUUAUCAUCAACACCUUCUACUCCAACAAAGAGAUCUUCCUUCGUGAAUUAAUCUCCAACUCAUCGGACGCCCUGGACAAGAUCCGCUACGAGUCCCUCACGGAUCCGAGCAAGCUCGACGCUCAGAAAGAGCUCUUUAUCAAGAUCAUCCCCAACAAGGAUGACCGCUCGCUGACCAUCAUUGACACCGGCAUCGGUAUGACCAAGGCCGACCUGAUUAACAACCUCGGCACCAUCGCCAAGUCCGGCACGAAGGCUUUCAUGGAGGCGCUGCAGGCCGGCGCCGACAUCAGCAUGAUCGGUCAGUUUGGUGUGGGUUUCUACUGCUACCUGGUCGCCGACAAGGUAACCGUGACGUCGAAGCACAAUGACGACGAGCAGUACACUUGGGAGUCGUCGGCCGGCGGUUCCUUCACCAUCCGCACUGACAACACCGAACCCCUUGGUCGCGGUACCAAGAUCGUGCUUCACCUGAAGGAGGACCAGGCGGAGUACCUCGAGGAGAGGCGAAUCAAGGAUGUGGUGAAGAAGCAUUCCCAGUUCAUCGGCUACCCGAUCCGGCUGUUGGUGCAGAAGGAACGCGAGAAGGUCUCGGACGACGAGGAGGAAGAGAAGAAAGAGGAAAAGACUGAGGAGAAGCCUGACGAGGAGAGCAAGCCCAAGAUAGAGGACGUCGAGGAUGACGACGAGUCUGCAGACAAGGACAAGAAGAAAAAAAAGAAAAUCAAGGAGAAGUACUCCGAGGAUGAGGAGCUGAACAAGACUAAGCCCAUCUGGAUGCGCAACCCGGAUGACAUCUCUCAGGAGGAGUAUGGCGAGUUCUACAAGUCCCUCACCAACGACUGGGAGGACCACCUGGCUGUCAAGCACUUCUCGGUCGAGGGUCAGCUCGAGUUCCGCGCCCUCCUUUUCGUCCCCAAGCGGGCGCCCUUCGACCUAUUCGAGAACCGCAAGCAGAAGAACAACAUUAAGCUGUACGUGCGCCGGGUCUUCAUCAUGGACAACUGCGAGGACCUCAUUCCCGAGUACCUCAACUUCAUCAAGGGCGUCGUAGACUCUGAGGACCUUCCCCUGAACAUUUCCCGAGAGAUGCUCCAGCAGAACAAGAUCCUCAAGGUGAUUCGCAAGAAUCUCGUUAAGAAGUGCCUCGAGCUCUUCGACAGCAUCGCCGAGGAUCGCGACAUGUACAAGAAGUUCUACGAGCAGUUCAGCAAGAACAUUAAGCUGGGCAUUCACGAAGACUCUCAAAACCGAAAGAAGCUUGCCGAGUUCCUCCGGUACUACACCUCUGCCUCUGGCGAUGAGAUGUGCUCGCUGAAGGACUACGCAUCUCGCAUGAAGGAGAACCAGAAGCACAUCUACUUCAUCACAGGCGAGUCCAAGGACCAGGUCGCCAACUCUGCCUUCGUGGAGCGUCGGGAGCGAGGCCUCGAGGUCAUCUACAUGAUUGAGCCUAUCGACGAGUACUGCGUACAACAGCUGAAGGAGUAUGAUGGCAAGACCCUUGUCUCUGUCACCAAGGAAGGCCUCGAGCUACCAGAAGACGAAGCAGAGAAGAAGCGGCAGGAGGAGAACAAGACCAAGUUCGAGAACCUGUGCAAGGUCAUGAAGGACAUUUUGGACAAGAAGGUUGAGAAGGUCAUUGUCUCUAACCGGCUGGUGAAGUCUCCCUGCUGCAUCGUCACCUCCCAGUAUGGCUGGACCGCCAACAUGGAGAGGAUCAUGAAGGCGCAGGCGCUGAGGGACUCCAGCACCAUGGGCUACAUGGCAGCCAAGAAGCACUUGGAAGUCAACCCUGACCACCCCAUCAUGGAGAACCUGAGAGUGAAGGCAGACGCAGACCGCAACGACAAGGCGGUCAAGGACCUAGUCAUGCUGCUCUUCGAGACUGCACUCCUGUGCUCUGGCUUCGCCCUCGAAGACCCUCAGCUCCAUGCGGACCGCAUCUAUCGCAUGAUCAAGCUUGGUCUUGGCAUUGACGAGGAUGAGGUUGCUGGCGCCGGAGACAACACAUCCACUGGGCCCACAGCUGACGAGAUGCCACCCCUGGAAGGAGACGAUGAAGAUGCAUCUCGCAUGGAAGAGGUUGACUGAGCUGGACUUAGUCUCCUUAGGUUUUUUUUUUUUCACUUGUACAUACCUCACACAGUCAUGUGUUCAUCUGUAUUUUUCUCCCCGGUGUUAAUAAAAGUUUGUGUUCUGUGCAA